AAAUUUUUUGUUUUCUGACUUUAUAUUUAAAAGAUUGUUUUGAAAAAAAAUUAAUAAGUUUGAAUUUGAGAAACUUAAAUCAUUGAAAUGGCAUCGAUCAAAAAUGAAGCAGACAAUCAAAAACCUCGAUCAGAGGAACCAUUUUCACCAUCGACAAGAAGUCAGGAAUCAAUUCAAUUUAAAUUUCAAUUGCCACAAAAUUCAUCUAACAAUCGAGAAAAUAAUGAUUUCAAAAUUUCAAAUAUUCAACAAGUGUUUGGACAGCAAAAAAAUGAUUCAAAACGUUUGGUACAGACUACUGAGGAAAAAAAGAAUGUCAACAUUUUUAUACUUCCUGAUCAGGAUUUUCAAAUGACCUUAAGAUUCAUUAAAGAAGAUUCACACAAUGAUAAAUCACAAAAAUGUCCAGUUUGUAAAUCAAAUAUUUCUGUUUCGAAAUCUAAAGAAUCAGAAAAUAUAGCUGAUGAAACAAAAGAAGCUACUGGCAAUUCUGGUACGUCUAUUUUGUCUUUCCAUAGUAAUAUAUCAUUUUGCGAGAAUGAUAUUGAUAAUGUUGAUAAAUGUGAUAAUGAUGAUCGACCAGAAUCAAAACAACAAUCAUCAAAUGAGAAAAUGAAUGAAAACGAAAUAACCCAUAGUCAGAAAAAUUCAUCAUCAAAGUCAUUAAGUUCAAACGAAUCCAUAAGUGAUAGUCAUUCAAAGGAUUCAAAAUCGAAAUCUUGAGUUAAUCACACCAACAACAAAAAUUCUAAAAUCUGAUGCAGUUAAAUGGAUUAUGCGAUGUUGAAUGUUCC